AUGCGGGACGCCCGCUUGGAUAUUCCAGGCGAUAUGCUCGCUACCUUUGUGUUGUCUGGUCUAUCAACCCGAGAAAUCACGGAUCUGUUUGGUGUGUCACCUAUCGCGAUUCAGAGCAGAUCGGCCGAAGAAGACCUAAGCUGCGAAUUUCGCAUCGCUCUCAUUGAGCAAAAUCUCACUAAUGUUGUGGAAUUGGUGCUCUGUACAGAAAACAGUGAUAUGGCUGAGAGACUUCUCCUUAUAGGCUGUCUGCUGCAAGGUGUGGUGUGUAGACAUUUCUCCAUCUCCCUCCCAGACAGUAUAAAAACCCUGAGUGGAUCCUGUGUCCUCAUACCCUGCACAUUCGACAUUCCAGAGAACUAUGAGGGAGACCUGACUGACAAAGCUAAGGGAAUCUGGUACAAAGAUCAGAUCAGUGAUCAUAACAAGGUGUUUGACUCCGGUACUCCAGACAAAAACAAGAUCAGAGGGGAAAUCAUUGGAGACCUAACUGUGAAAAACUGCACCACAGUCCUCUAUGACUUCAGUCAGAAACACAGCGGUGAAUUCAUCUUUAGACUAGAGGGUCUUAACGGACUAAAAUAUAAUUUUGCAAUGAAAAAGGUCCAGGUAACGGCCACAGACGAUCCACCCAAAGUUUCACUGAGGCCAGAUAAAGUGGAGGUGAUGGAAGGGGAGAGUGUGAGAUUUAACUGCUCUGCUGAAGCCUCCUGUCCCUCUCUGGGCCCCAUGCUCACCUGGAGCCCCAGGCUGAAUAUGUCUGAGGAGAAACUCCAGGAGAAAAUCAGUCCGAUUACACACAUGACCUCUGUUCUGACCUUCACUGCUACUCCUCUGCACCACGGAGAGACCAUCACCUGCACUGCCACUUACCAACUAAAGAACAACCAAACCAACACAUCAGCCCGCUCUGCAACACUUAAUGUCCUGUAUUCUCCCAGGAACACGUCAGUGUCAGUCAGUCCCUCUGGAUGGGUGUUAGAGGGCAGCUCUGUUACUCUGACCUGCCUCAGUGAUGCCAACCCAGCAGUUCACAACUACACCUGGUACAGAGUCAGAGGAACGGAGAUGGAGUUUAUAGUGACUGGACAGAAUCUCACUUUCAAUAAGACCGAUCCGACACACAGCGGACAGUACCGCUGUGAAGCCCAGAACGCACACGGAGUAGGAAACGCCACGGCACAGCUGGACAUUCAGUUUGCUCCUCAGAUCUCUGUCUCCUCUGGUUGUAAGAAAAGUGAAGCUGAAAUGCAUUGUGUGUGUGAGAGUCGUGGGAGUCCCUCCCCAAGACUGGAGUGGUAUCUGUCUGGACACCAAAUAACCAACUCCUCCAACACAGUCAUCACAGAGGAGCCACUGGGAGAGAAAGGCCUGAAGAGCUCAUUCACUAUGUGUCAAUCACAGAAAGACACACCCACUCUGCUCUGUCUGAGCACCAAUACCCUGGGCUCUGCCAGUCUGCUGUUUGCUAGUGUGUCAACUCCUCAGAGCACUCAAGUAUUCUUGCCAGGGAUCGACAUGUGGUCUCUUCUGAUUGGUGCUGCAGCGGGAGCCAUCACCAUGAUGUUACUCUGCUUCAUUGUGCAUUUUAGCAUGAGUCUGGUGGAGGCAGCACGGAUGUGCCGGUACCUCCUGCCAGAGGGAAGGAGGGUGAAGUGGAUGUGGGAAGGGUGGGUGGGGUCUUCCAUGAUGCUGAGCGCCUUCCGGGGUCCUGUACAGGCAGAAGAGUCUCUUUAUGUCAACAAAUCCAUGCUUUCUGGACCAUUGAGAGCCACACAAAACGACACAGAACUUCUCCACUAUGCCGCCGUGGAAUUCACCAAAUAUCAGGGUCAAGGGGUCACAAGGGAGGCCAGUGAUGUCGCAGUUGCCUCCUCUGACAUGUCAGAAUAUGCUGCCAUCCAUCACCACUGCUUGGAGCAAAACAUAAAAUCUGAAAUUGGAGGGAUGGAUAAGCCUGAAGCAGCAGCAGAUCUGGUGUUGGGUUCUACAGGGGGCUCCAAAGGACAAACUGAGCCAGAUGAAGAAAUAAAGGCCAGGGAGGUACUGAUGAGUGAGGAACCAACCUAUGGAAACAUUGGUAGUCACAAGGCAGUUGCUAUGGAAACAGAGGAUGAAGGUGUGUAG